AUGCUGUGUCCCAUAUGUCACGAUGCCAGUUUGUGGGAGCACAGAACUUCGUGUCCCAAAGAAAGAACUUGGACAGUUACAGCUAGCACUUCCGGUGCAUUUGUUGAAGCGGAGCCACGACCUCCGGAGGUACAAACAGUAGGAGUGCCCGGGGACCUAAUCAGUGUAGAUACACUUCCCAUUGGGUGCACAUCCGUGGGGUUUGUUCCAUCGGCGACGGAAGAUGUGCAGCUUGGAAGGAAUAUAUCCAUUACCAUUAACGUGGAUGUGCUGCAACAGUGGCUGUCCGAUUUACAUAGAAAGCGCUGGUUCAUCAACGCUCGGGAUCGAGGCGAAGGAAGACGGCUAAGACGAUCCCGUGAGCAUCAAGAAGAAGAGCCAGGAACAUCCUCGCGGAGAAUGGAUUGA